AUGGCAUCUAGAACGGGUGCUAUCGUUGCUGCCACGGUCAGAGCUGUCAAAGCUAGAAAACCUAUCGCAACCAGAGCUGCCUUACUACUUACACCUGCAGCUGUUAAGAGAGUCAAGGAUUUGCUUCAAAAUAGACCUGAUGCGGUUGGUCUCAAGGUAGGAGUUAAGCAAAGAGGUUGCAACGGUUUGAGUUACACAUUAGAUUAUUGUACAGAAAAAGGAAAAAUGGAUGAAGUAGUCCGUCAAGAUGGUGUUUGUGUUAUUAUUGAUCGGAAGGCACAACUCACAUUACUUGGGACCGAAAUGGAUUUCGUCGAAGAUAAACUGACAUCUGAAUUUGUUUUUAACAAUCCAAAUAUUAAAGGGACUUGUGGUUGUGGAGAAAGUUUUUCUGUGUAG